AUGCACGGAGUCAUUGUGUCGUCCGUCCUCAUCCCCGGGGCUCUGUCAGCCCUCGUUUCAGGUGCAAUGGCAGAUCGAUUCGGGCACGUCCUACUUUUCGCCUUGGGCGCCUUCGUCUACAGCUGCGGUGCUGCCAUCGAGUGCGCGUCGCCCAAGCUAGGGGUCUUCAUCUUUGGCCGUCUAAUCAAGGGUGUUGGCGAGGGCAUGUUCCUGAGCAAUGUCUACGUGCAGGUAUCUGAAAUGUCUCCUACCCGUGUCCGCGGUAUCAUGACGGCCCUACCGCAGUUUUCUAUCGUCACAGGUAUUGUCCUUGGGUACUUCAUGUGCUACGGUACUGCCCAGAUAGGGCCGUCAUCCCUGGCAUGGCGCCUUCCGCUGGCGGUUGCCUCAUUACUCGGCUUCGCCCUCUCCAGCACGUACUGGAUAGUUCCACCAUCGCCAAGAUGGCUGCUCAGUAAGGGUAGAUUGGACGAAGCUCGAACUGUGCUUGAUACACUGGGACUAGAAGAGAAUGAGCGAUUGGAGCUCCUCGAGCAAUCAAUGUCAGCAGUUCAAGAGCACAAUGCCGAUGUAACGCUCUGGGAAACCCUGCGACAAACGUUUAUGGAGUUUGGGGAAGCUUUCUCGGCGCCUUUCAGAAGUAGAACAGCGUUUGGUUGUUUUCUUAUGGCUAUGCAACAAUUCUCCGGCAUUGACGGAAUCCUAUACUACGCUCCUAUCUUAUUCACUCAAGCCGGGCUUGGUGGAGAACAGGCCACUUUCCUUGCGUCUGGCGUUUCGGCAUUGGUCAUUCUGGCCGUGACAGUUCCGGCCACAUUUUUUGCUGAUCGAUGGGGGAGACGAACGUCGAGUUUGUUGGGAGGAGUGCUCAUCACCGCUCUUAUGCUAUUGAUGGGCUCUCUAUUCGCCGCCGGUGAGGUUCACGCCGAUUCAGGGCCGGGAAAGUGGGUGGUGAUUGUUUCAAUCUACCUCUUUGCCAUUGUCUACAGUUGUACGUGGGCCAUCGGCUUCCGGACUUUUAUGGUCGAGAGUCUGCCGAGAAAGACGAGGAGCAGUGCAUCUAGCUUGGCCCAGAGUGCCAACUGGUUUGCCAACUUUGUUGUUGCCUUGAUAACUCCAGUUCUGUUAUCAAAGUCCACUUUCGGAGCGUAUUUUCUUUUUGCGGGUUGUUCUUUUCUUUGCACCAUGGUCGUGGCUGUCAUCAUGGUGGAGACGCGAGGGCACAGUCUAGAAGCGAUUGAGAAGAGAUACUCCGAGAGGAAAGCCUCGACUACAGGCACGUGGAAGAUGAAGGGGCUUAGGCCGAGAAGAUUCCGAAUCGCGGUCUAA